AUAAGGAUAUGCGCUAGCAUUCUCAUAGUUAUGAGUCUUGUAAGUUUUGGCUCGGCUGAUAAUGGGAUCGCAACCAUCAAUGGCCCUCCAUACUUGCCAUCAGCAUGUUACGGAUUCCAGGAUAAAGGAGUUAUGAUAGCGGCUGCAAAUGAGGAUUUAUUUCAAGGCGGAGCAGCUUGUGGAAAAUAUUUCCAAGUGACAUGUACAGGGGAAACCAGCCGAGGUGAACCACACCCUUGCACAAGCACCCCAACGGUGACUGUAAUGAUCACGGAUCUUUGCCCACCGAUUUCUUGCCAGGGUAACCUUGACUUAUCACACGAAACCUUUUCCAUGAUUGCUAAUCCUGAUGCUGGAGAAAUCGAAGUCUUUUACCAAGAAUGUUCUGUUAUGGAUGUGAAUUAA